CCAAGACUGGAAGGGCCGAAGGAAUGUUUCUUAAAACGAUCGGGAUCCUUGGCCGCGCGUUCAGACUGUUCUUCCAGACUGGAAGACGCGUUCAAGAACGAGACCUAGAAUAUUUGCCGUGCGCGGCGCUAGGAGGACCGAUGGCGGGCGACAUUCAACAGGCUGAUAUUUAUAGAUUCGAGAGUUUCGUGCAAACCUACAACGUUUUAGGCGUCAAAAUUCGGUUCCCGUGUUCGUCAACAUCCACCCGAUGAUCCAUGGAUUCUCGUUCGACCAAGUGACGGGAUCCAGUGACAUCAGAGCGUCCGAGGGUCCGAACAAAAUGAAAGGAGGCACCGGAUCGUGCGUAUCGUAUCGAAUAGGCUCCGCGGAAGAAGUUGAGCCGUGUAGCUGACGUUUAAACGUUGCUGGCGCUAGUUUUGGUCGUGGGACGUCCCUUCGAUCGACGGUGGAUAAGGUCCAAGAAGAAAAAAGAAGAGACUGUUCCAUUCGAUCGAGGCGAGAGUGGCGAGAGAUCUCCGACGCAACGUUUUCUCCGUCGCGGAUUAGUCACACUUCGAAUUUGUCAAAAACCGCGAGAGAGAAGAAACGAGGAGGAAGAGAUCGUCAUCAAGGACAAGAGGGACAAGCGCAGCCCUCUGUUCGAAUCUUAGAAAGGCUGCUUGCCAACUGAUCGAACCUAACGGCGUGCGUUGUAUCCGUUGUUCUCGAUGGCUGGCAAUGUUUUUGCGUCUACGAUGCUUCGGGUACCACAGCAUUAAUAAUAAUCGUCGCUCGUGAAUACCGGGAUCGGCGUUUACGGACCACCAUGUGACGCGUCGUCGCCACGCUUGUUGCGAAACUGAAGCGAACAAGGUUCCCGAUCGGUCGAAAAAGAUGCGUCGAGGCGUUGAUACGAGUAUGCUGUUGACCGUCGGGCGUAAAUUCUUCUUGCAUUACGCGUCAAUCUCCUCAGGAAUUCGAGCGUUGCGCAUUAGAAAACUGAAAAGCUCGUAGCCGAUCGAAACGCGUACGACGAUGAACAAGCGUUCGCUGGACGAGGUCGUAAAAAGUUUCGGCGGAUAGAGGAUCUGUACGAAUCGACGAGGAAGCGAAUCCCGUGGAAGAUGAUGUUCACCGGCGGCUCCCACGCGAAAAGACGGAACGCGGGCGGCGGCCCCGCAGCUGGCCGGAAGUCCUCCGUGGAUCGCAGAAGCCCGCAGGCUCGCGUGGGUGCUGAAGGAUAUACAUACAGGACACGAAUUCCCGUAUUGAAUCCAGCAGACCUGCCUCCGACGACAUCCACGGGAAAGGCUUACGUUUACAAGACGAGAGUGCCUCGAAGGGAUAUCGCCGCGGCGUCGUUCUACGAAAAUAACGUUGGCGGUCCAAUUACUAAGAGAAGAGGCGCGGUAAAGCACAACAAAGUGCACGUUGUACGGGGCCACAGGCUGGUCGCGAAGUUCUUCAGACAACCGACCUUCUGCGCCUUCUGCAAGGACUUUCUCUGGGGCUUCGGGAAGCAGGGAUAUCAGUGCCAAGCCUGCCAAACGGCAGUGCACAAGAAAUGCCACGAUAAAUUGUUAACCAAGUGCCCGGAGAGCGGCAGGGAAUCCGAGAACACGGUCUACUUGAGGGAGCGUUUCAAGGUAGAUGUGCCUCACAGGUUUCGGCCUCACAGUUUCAUGUCGCCCACAUUUUGCGAUCACUGCGGCUCAUUGCUGUAUGGCCUGUUCCGACAAGGUUUGAGAUGCGAAGGUAAGUAA